CCUGCGAGAGCUGUCCCUGGGUCGUCCUGAGCGCGGCGCUUCCUUUGACCUGCCAAGGAUGCGGCUUUGGUCUUUGCUCUGGCUGCUGGUCUGCAGAGCGGCUGCUUGGCAGAGCGACGAUUACUGGCUGGAUGAUGCCGUCGGGCUCGGGCGGCAGUUCGAUGGCAUCGGAGCCGUUAGCGGCGGCGGGGCUACCUCACGUCUUUUAGUGAAUUACCAAGAGCCGUAUCGAUCUCAGAUUUUAGAUUAUCUUUUUAAGCCAAAUUUUGGUGCCUCCUUACAGCUCCUCAAAGUAGAGAUUGGUGGUGAUGCACAAUCUACAGAUGGCACUGAACCCUCCCACAUGCAUUAUGAAAAUGAUGAAAAUUAUUUCCGUGGCUAUCAAUGGUGGCUGAUGAAAGAAGCAAAAAAGAGAAAUCCUUUCAUUAAAUUGAUUGGCUUACCCUGGGCUUUUCCAGGAUGGAUUGGGAGGGGUAUGGAUUGGCCUUACGACUACCCAGAUGUCACUGCAUAUUAUAUAAUCUCCUGGAUUAUAGGUGCUAAAAAAUAUCAUGAUUUGGAUAUUGACUAUAUUGGGAUUUGGAAUGAGCGAUCUUUUAACAGCAAAUAUAUCAAGAUUUUAAGGUACACUUUGGAUAAGCAAGACCUUCAUCGAGUGCAGAUCAUAGCCAGCGAUUACCUCUGGGAACCAAUAUCCUUUUUCAUGCUCACUGACUCUGAGCUCCAUGAAGCAAUCAGUGUUAUUGGGGCUCACUACCCAGGGACAGAAACAGUGAAAAAUGCUCAAUUAACUCAAAAGAAACUCUGGUCUUCUGAAGACUACAGUACUUUCAACAAUGAAGUGGGUGCAAGUUGCUGGGCUCGAAUCCUGAAUCAAAAUUAUGUAAAUGGGAACAUGACUGCCACUCUUGCUUGGAAUUUGGUGGCUAGUUACUAUGAAGAAUUACCCUUUGGAAGGUGUGGUCUAAUGACAGCACAAGAACCAUGGAGUGGGCAUUACUCUGUGAAUUCUCCUAUAUGGAUCACAGCUCAUAACUUUGUGAAAAAAAAUCACAGCCACUCAGAGUGCAUCAGACCACCACUUCCUUCCUAUGUUGUGUCACCCCAAAAGGCAGUUUUCCACUUGAAAGGAUCCUUUAACAAGUUGAAAUCUCUUCAGAUGUGGUAUUCCAAGCUUGAUUUUUCUACUGCCAACUCUACAUUAUUUCAGUCAUUUGGGGCUAAAAAUAUUUCUGAAGGAAUACUGACACUAAGCUUGGGCUUGGAUGAGAUCUAUACCUUGACAACUCUAACAACUGGCCAUAAAAGUUCUUCCUCAGAACCUCCUCCUUCUCAACGUUUUCCGUCCACUUACAAAGAUGAUUUCAAUAUCCGCAACCCACCUUUCAGUGAAGCACCAUAUUUUGCUGAUCAAACAGGAGUGUUUGAAUAUUUUAUUAAUGCUUCUGAUCCAGGGGAGCAUGUCUUCACCCUCCGACAAGUGGUGACUCAGAGACCUAUUACCUGGGUUAUGGAUGCAGUGAACACAAUCAGCAUUAUAGGCAGCUAUAAGUGGGUAAAUUUCAUAAUAACCUGUGAUAUUUAUAUAGAAUCAAAUAAAGGAGGAGCAUUCAUUGCAGGACGAAUUAGCAAAGCUGGCAUAUAUGUUGCAUCUGCCAAAGGGAUUUUCUUCUGGGUUUUUCCUGAUGGCACAUAUCAGGUCACAGGAGAUCUCGCUGGUAAUGAAAUCUUGAUGAAAGGGUUAUCUGGUGUGCAAGCAAACAGAUGGCAUACACUCACUCUGAUUCUCAAGGGAUCCAAUAUCUCUGGCAUGUUGAAUGGCUAUCCUCUGUGGGAGAACGUCACCACACACAGUCCAGAGAAUGGCUGGGCAGCUAUUGGGACCCAUUCUUUUGAACUGACACAAUUUGAUAAUUUUCACGUUGAGGCCAGCUGAGGUUUCAAUCAUACAUUGUCAAUUCUGAGUGUGGCCAGUCAAACCUUAAUUUAAUAGUUAAUUAUGCUACUGGAGAUUUUUGAUUGUUUCCUGCUAAUAUUAAUAUAUGUUCAAUGUUCUGAUUACAAAUUGCUUCUUUUCCAUGUUAAAAUCAAAUCUUUGUUAAAACAUUUUUGUGCAAGCCAUAAAUGGGAAUGUGAUGCAGUCAUAUCUCUUUAACUGAUAGAAAUUAAGCUGUUACAAUUAGGUAGAAUUUCUACUUUCAAUAUUUCUGGGUGGUCUGAAGUCCAUUUGUGUGUGUGUGUAAAAUUCACCUUGCAAUCAGAUGGGAUACCUCAUAUCUGUUAUGAAACAUGGAAUGAUGGAAUAAAGAUUCCAGUGGAUUUAUAUAUCUUCUAUUAGGACAUGAGAUUUUACUCCUGGUUUUCUAAUGUCUUAAUACAUGUAUCUAAUUAUAAUGAAGAAAAAAAAUAGUCAGCUUAUGACUGGCUGGCUUAUUUGUGAAGUGCUUUCUUUUAAACUACCUCUUGUUAAUAACGGUAUAGUAAAUAUAUUGAAAGUGCCUAUUAUUAAUCUUAGGUUGUUAACCCAAUAACCCAGAUAGCUUUAUAGUUUUCUUUUUUGUGUGUUUGACUAGAUACAUUGAAGGGGAAAAAUGUGUAGAGGUGGUCCUUAGUGAAGUUCAAAAUUAUGAUGGACUUCUCUGGAGCUACUUACGACUUGUUCUUGCAGUUCUGAUGGCUGCAUCACCUCCAAAAUGUGUCACAUUAUCAUAUUUUGGGGUCUUGACAACUGCCUUGGAUUUAUGGCUAUUUUCAGCAUUUGGUGGUCAUGUGGCAGUGAUUUUUAGUAUUUUUUCUGGUUUCUGGCUUUUACUUCUGCUUUUUGGCAAAAAAACAUCCAUUGGUGAAAGCAGAUUUGCUUAAUCGUGGCAUUUAUUUAACAACUGCCACAAAGAAGGACAUAAAAUUGGGCACUGUCACAUGGUGAUCCGAUUAACAACUGCCACGACUUACCACCAUAAUUCCAGGCUCAUUUAUGUUGUAAAUCGAGGACUACCUGUAGGUGAUGAAAAUUCAGGAGAUCUUAUUUUACCUCAUGCCUGCAGGCCAGUAUACAUAUGAAGGUACUACUGCACAAGGGCAUUACAAGCAGUAAAAUUGUGAAAUUUAUAACCUAAAGAGCUGAACAAGCAUCAGUGUCUGUGGAUGAUGUACAUAUUAAGGCCCUAGCUUUCAUGAAUAAAAAGGCAUGCAUAAAAAUAAUAUUUCACAUAUAUUAGCUUACAAAUGUCAGUGUUCCUUUAUGCUUUUUGGUGAAAUGUAAUACUGAAGGGUAAAAUAAUUUGCUUAUUUAUUGAUCUUUUAUUAGUUAACUAGUUUCUAUUUAUUUUAUUACUUAGUAUUUUGAAGUGUACAGGAUAAGUGGCAAAUACAAAAUAGUGGAGAAUAAAAUUAAUACAAACUGGCAAUUUAUAGGGCAGAGCAAAUAGUUCUCUCUGAAUAUAUAAUUGCAAAGGUAUAUUGAAUAAUUAUAGUUGGGGAAAAAUAUUAACACAGAAUUGUAAAACUGCUCAACAGAAGUAUGUAAGAUGCUGAACAACGUCGAUGAGUUUAUGUUCAUAUUUUGACAAAUGAAGCCGAGAGAUGAAUAAUCUAUAUAAGACAAGUUAUGCCAGAAUGGAUUGUGGUUGUAGAUUUGUUUUUUGUUUUUUGCUUGUUACUAUUGAUAAUCAGAAACCUUUGCAGUGCUGUUGCAAAUUAUAUGGAUUGUACACCUGAAUCUUGUUUUAUGUUUUCACAUCUUUUAUCUACCAUUGAAGAAAUCCUAAUAUGUUUCUGUUUCUGCUAGUGUUAUGGAUUGCUGGCUUUAUAAAAAAUAGUUCAAUUUUGUGUCUCUUUUUAUUUUAUUCUAGGCAAUGUCAUGAUAUUCAGUAAAAACUAACUGGAUAUGCUACUUUGAAAGUUGAUUCUGAUAAAAUUGUGUUUGUACUCUAGAUAGCAUUACAAAAUAUAUUUGUUAAGUGACACACAAUAUCUGUCUCUUCUAGUUCAAAGAGACUUCUGAGAGAAGAUAUUACAGUUGAUAAUAUAUUGGUUUACAGGACAGAAUUAUGACUGUUUGUCUGUUCCAGAUGUGAUUAAACCACAAACCCUCAAUUAAAAAUAUUUUUUUCUAUCUUAUUCAGACCAAAACAAUUGUUUCCUAGCCAGGAUAUUGAAUUAAAUUUCAAACUUUAACAGUUUGUAAGUUGUUAAUUACCAAUUAGGCAAAGGCAAAAGUAUGGUUAUUGAAAGUUCCUGGUAUGAAUGAAAUGCUUGUUUAUGCUUAUCUUAAGACAAAAGAUGAUCAGAUUGGCCAAUGGUAAAUAUACUUACAUGAAGUUAAUAAACUUAUAAUAGUAUAUAUGCUUGUCCUGUUUAUUAGUUGGAUAUUGAUUGGUAGCAAAGUUAAACACAUAUCUUUAAAAGGAAAAGUUUCUUUUGAAUUAGAGAUAAAAAUAGUAACUUUCAUCAUUAAAGACUAAUGGCUUAGCAACUAAAUAAAUUUUGAUACCUUAUAUUGGCCAGGUAUUCAAAACUGGAGGUUGAAAUGAUGUUUAUGUUCUUUCCCUUUGUAGUGUGAGCAUGUAAAGGAUGGACUACACAGGAUAUAUUUUUUGUUUGUUGCCAUUUAUUUUUCCAAAUAGACUUCAAAGUUGCAGAUGAAGUAACUCAUCAUCGGAGCAGACAGGGUCAAAAUGUUUGGCUUUUUUGUUUUGUACUGCAUGAUAAAACAAAGAACAAAAUGGGUUUCUUAAAUUUUUGUUCCUUACUACCUCCCCCCCCCCCAUAAAUAAAUAA